ACGAGGGCACGGGGUUGAUGCUUCCCUGAAUGACGUCACUAGUUUUCCUGCGAGUCAAAACAACCGUUGGCUGCAGUAACGGUAGCUACUCGCAGCUUCUCGGAAAUCCGUUUGAAGUAGCUCCAAACGAUUAUUUCUGCCCCGGCUCGAAACAUCAACUGCUUAGCUUAGCUUAGGAUCCCGGAUAGCUUCACCUCAAUCACUCAGAAGGGAGGAAAAGGAAAUAACCCGAGCGGUUUGUGAAGAGCAGGUGCACUGGGAUAACACGGUACCUGUCGCCACAGGCUGAGUCACUACUGUUGAAGAGGAAGGUCUGGAGAGGGAACGCGAGAGGAGGAGGAGGUGGAAGAGGAGGAGGGGGAGAAACAGAAGGAGAAGAAGGGAGGCAGUGCAGGGAGAUAAGCCACAACAGGAAGCAAAACGACACUCACACACAUAGACAUACACGCCGCAUGUUUGUGUGUAUCUAAGAGAGAGAGACUGCGCGGACUAGAGGGUGAACGGGAAAGGAAGGGAGGGAGAGUGACGCGGAGGCUGGGAGAGCCAGCCCCCCCCCCCCACCUCCACUCCUCUUCUCCUCUCCCUCUCUUUCUCUCCUGUCCUCCUCUCCUCCCCUCCUCCCUCUCCCUCUGUGUGGAGCAGGCGUGUAGCGGCAUCAGACGCGGCGUGAAGGAACCAUGAGCGAUGUCACCAUCGUUAGAGAAGGAUGGCUCCAGAAACGGGGACAGGCCUCUGCAAACAGAAGAGCACAGCACAGAAAUCCAGUGAAAGGGGGCAGAGGGGCCAUCAAAAAAUCCUUUGAAUUACAUCGUUAGAUGUGAGUACAUAAAGAACUGGCGACCUCGUUACUUCCUGCUGAAGACAGACGGCUCCUUCAUUGGCUACAAAGAGAAACCUCUGGAUGCAGACCUGCCCUACCCCCUAAAUAACUUCUCUGUAGCAAAAUGUCAGCUGAUGAAGACAGAAAGGCCAAAGCCAAACACCUUCAUUAUACGCUGCCUCCAGUGGACCACUGUCAUCGAGAGAACCUUCCAUGUGGACUCACCUGAUGAAAGGGAUGAGUGGACAGAGGCCAUCCAGAUGGUGGCUGACAAGCUGCAGAGACAAGAGGAAGAAAGGAUCCAGUGCAGCCCCACCUCCAACAUCGACAACAUGGUAGAGGAGGAGAUGGAUAUCUCUACCACACACCACAAACGCAAGACCAUGAGUGACUUUGACUACCUGAAGCUGCUCGGGAAGGGAACCUUUGGUAAAGUGAUUCUUGUCCGGGAAAAGGCCAGUGGGAAAUACUACGCAAUGAAAAUCCUUAAAAAAGAAGUCAUAAUAGCCAAGGAUGAAGUUGCACACACGCUAACAGAGAGCAGAGUACUGAAAAACACCAGACACCCUUUUCUCACUUCUCUGAAGUAUUCAUUCCAGACUAAAGACCGUCUAUGUUUUGUCAUGGAGUAUGUGAAUGGAGGGGAGCUGUUUUUCCAUUUGUCCAGAGAGCGAGUGUUCUCAGAGGAGCGCACACGUUUCUACGGGGCAGAGAUUGUUUCGGCUCUCAACUACCUGCAUUCAGCCAAGAUUGUGUACCGGGACCUCAAGCUGGAAAAUCUCAUGCUUGACAAAGAUGGCCAUAUCAAGAUCACAGAUUUUGGACUCUGCAAGGAGGGAAUUACUGACGCUGCUACCAUGAAGACCUUUUGUGGAACUCCAGAGUACCUCGCACCUGAGGUCCUGGAGGACAAUGACUACGGUCGGGCGGUGGACUGGUGGGGUCUGGGUGUUGUCACGUACGAAAUGAUGUGCGGCCGAUUGCCGUUCUAUAACCAAGACCACGAGAAGCUUUUUGAGCUCAUCCUCAUGGAAGACAUCAAGUUCCCGCGCACUCUGUCAACCGAUGCAAAGUCGCUGUUGUCUGGGCUGCUCAUCAAAGACCCCAACAAAAGACUUGGGGGAGGACCGGACGAUGCUAAAGAAAUAAUGAGACACAGUUUCUUCUCUGGCAUUGACUGGCAGGAUGUUUAUGAUAAAAAGCUCGUCCCUCCCUUCAAGCCUCAGGUGACAUCAGAGACAGACACCAGGUACUUUGAUGAGGAGUUCACAGCUCAGACCAUCACUAUCACUCCACCAGAGAAAUUCGAUGAGGAUGGGAUGGACUGUUUGGACAACGAGAGACGGCCGCACUUCCCGCAGUUCUCUUACUCUGCCAGCGGCCGUGAAUGAACUGUCCAUCACAGUGACAUCAUCACAGUUGCUCUCUGAGGUCAUCAGCUUGGGACAACAGCCCCACCGCUUUGGAUUAACCCAGAACAACCCAGACUUGGAAGGAUUUUGCCCCUCCCUUUCAUUCCUUCUCUCUUUUUCACCUCUCCAGUUGUCUCCUUUAUUUAUUUAUUUAUUUAUCUUUUUUGUGAACCCUUUCAAAGACAAAAACUUUUAGGCAUAUUUACCAUCUAAUCCUGCACUGCAGCCCCAGGUGAUCCGAACUGUGAUGCAAUCAGAUGUUAUUUAAUGACCUUUGAAGGACAGGAGCUUCACCGGUGACCUGCUGUGCUUUGACAUGCGUCCGUCCUGCCAGACUCUACAAACAAACACCUCUGAAGUAGUUAGAUAUUUGCCGAAGCAUUUUUAAGGAGACAUUUUUGUGGUUUUCUUAUCCAUAUGGCAGCGAUACAGCUUUUUAGGUGAUUAUAACCCAAACUGCCAUCACUGGUUGUAUCUCAGGCUUUUGCUAAAACAGACUCAGAGAGACAUUCAGGACUUUAGGAGUUCAGCGAUUCUGAGAUUAAUCGAGACGUCGUCGCCCAGCGAGCGGAGUCCUGCACACCUCAUGUUGUCAAGCAGGAUUUGACUCAGGUGUUGCUUAGUGCAAGUCAUUGUUGUUGCUGCUAUUACAUCUACCACCACAACUUCUACAGGUACUACUCCUACUACUGCUCUUCUACUGCUACUACUAAGAUCCGGUGCUACACUUCUGGUUAAAUGCUGCUGAUCAUUACACAGGCGCCAGCAAAACACAUAAACUCUGAAGCUUAAGAUACUAAUAUCACGUUGUGUGUAUGUGCAAGUGUGUGUGAGGUUCAGUAUUGGAUUUGCAUUUCAGAACGCACCUCAAGGCACAGCAGUUCAGACAGAUGAAGCUCCCAAACAAAUGAGCUUUACUAUAUUACCCACAGUGCAGUGCAAGGUGGUGGAUAACAUUUCUGUUACUGCAGAGGUGAAGAUGAGAAGAAACUAGGUUGUUCUAAUAUUUCCCUCAAAGUUCUUUUUUUUUUUUUUUGCUUCUUUUGUCCCAAAAAGGGAAAACUGAACCGAAACGGUACUUUGUCUAAACGAUGGCAACCUUUACUGUGACAUAUUAUCACAGCUUUGGGAUUUACCUCUCAGUGCAGGAAUGAGAAACUGUAGCAAAGAGUGGGAUAAAGAAAAGCGAGUCUAAUAUGAAAUGUUUAUAAUGUGAUAGUUUAUGAGGUAUUGAUGAGUAGUGAGGUAACAGCUGAUCUGUUUCCUUCAGGUUUCUCAUUAAAGAGGGAAAAACACGGUAUGAAGUAUCAACAUCAACAGUUAUGGGUUUACAAGAAUCAUAGCAAUGGUUAUAAUAUAUAUAUAUGUUCUAUUUAUUGUUCUACUCAUCGGUUUUAUAUUUAACUUUUUCUAUUAUUACAUUAUUCUAGAUAAAAAAAAAUAUAUUGCUAUUUCUUAGGGCUGAGAGGAAAAAAAAUUGCACCUCAACAAACAAAAAUGGCUGAAGAAUGUAGGAGGGAAAGCAGAUAGCCUUCCUGCUCCAUUGUUUAUUUUUAUUUUAUGUUUUGUGUUGUUUUGUGACCAAAAUGUGACAGCCUGGAACGGGGGGUUGGGGGGGUGACGGGACACCUUAAAGACAGUAUUUUUUUUUUUUUUUAUAUACCUUAAAGACAGUUGAUAGACGUUUUAAUGAUCAGGUGAUAAAUGUUAAGACACACUCACCUGAUUGGAUGUUGUGUUUAGGAUUCACCCAGGUGUGUGUGGUGGUGAUGAUGAGUGAGACAAGAGUUCAGAGAGAAAGAUGAAGUGGAAGUUGGGUUGAAAGAAAAUGAGAGAAGCACAAAAAUCUGAAUGUAAAUAGAGAGUCAGAGUUAAACUGUAAGUGCAUCUUGUUUACUGCAAGUGUGUCAAGGAGGGUGGAGGAAGACUCGAGUGUGUUUUAUGGUGGUCGGUGUGUUUUCUUUAGAGGGCGUAGGGGUUGAUGACUUAGAUCCAUUAUCAGACUACUGUCUUUAACGUGUGCCAUCAUUUCUCCGCUCUGGACUUUGUGUGUUUGCAGUUGUUGCAUCGUCAUGUCUUCCAGUUUGACCAACAAGAAUUUAGAAAGUCCCCCCAAAUAACUUCUGUCUUCAAACGCCAGGUUAGCCUUACGGUGUAGCUCAGAAUAAGUCAAAAACUUUGACAUCAAGCACUUAACAUUCAGAAGGAAAAAUCAGCAUAUGUGAGGUUAAAUGGAAAAAAAAAACUCAAAUCCUACUUUGGUUUAACAAACAAAAAAAAGUUUAUCGUGUGGAAGACGUCACUUUCAGUAUCUGGCUGAUGCAGAUUAAGGAGCACUGGGGGAUGUGCUCUUAUUAGCCGUAAAAAGUUGUACUCCAGUAUAUUUAUUUAAAUGUUUUUACUAUCGUUGUCGAUUAACUUGAAUUUAUUUUCUAUUUAAUUUAUUUGGUUUGGUUUGGUUUAGCAGUAAAGGGGUGUAGUUGUGUUUAAACGUUUUGUUCUAUAAGAAAAAAAGUUUUUGUUUUUCUUUACAGAUAUCUCUUAUACAACAUCUUACCUGUUUUUCCGCUGCUCAUUAGUCCGUGUGCUUUACUGUUGCACAUCAUUAAACUGCUAAUAGCUUAGCAAAGGCACUCUAUGGCAGAGACUAUAAAAGGAUGGCGCUGGCCUGCAUGCUGUAGUCCUCCUCUGUCCACAUCACCAGUCCCGAGUCAAAAGUGGCACUCAGAACUCUAAUGAAAAAUACUUCUCUGUGAUCGAUUGAGUCUGUCUGGCACCGCUCAAACAGUUCAAAACAAGUCCACAUUCCACCCAGCUGGCACCUUCCGUAGGCUCAAACAAGCGCUCCCAAGUAUUUGGAAGGAUUUCAGUUUUGGUUUGACCCAGGUCUACGAGUGACUGAGAAGUUCAAGCCAUUUGUGCACGCUUAAUGCCAAAAUCCUCAGAAACCAGAGUUCAUAAAAUACCGCUUUGUAGAUUUGAACGUGGCAGCCAUCAUUAUUUUAAAUGAUUCAGAGGAAGUCGAUUCAGCCCAACUUCAAAGCAAUAUUUCUUUUUCUUUUCUUUUUUUUUAUGAUUAUAAGAAAAUUAGGAUUUUUUUUAAACCCUCCUCAUACAGCUUCUAGCUUUGAUGUUGCUCUGAUGUUGGCGAGAAGGAUGAAGUGUCUUGCUUGCAGCGUUGAGUCAGUGAAUCAGGCUCAGUGUUUCUACACUAAAAUAAUAACUGAUCAAUCACUGCACUAAUCUCCUCUGGUCUGAGAAGUUUUCCCUCCAGUGAGUCUCCAAUUCCUUGUUCAGUUUUUAGGUCACAAACUGAUUCUGGUGAAAAGAUAACGAACAGAAUGUUUUUCCUCCAAAUAUUUUGGAGUGGAGACGAUGAAGCCGAGUAAUUCUCCCCAUGUGUGGGUUUUUCCUUAAUAACAGUGAAUCACACGUGUCAGACAUCUCAGUUGUUUCUAACUUUAGUUUCAGCCUCUUCACAGCUGUUUCUGGAGCCCUCAUCAUACCGGACAGUAUGCGAGAUCUGAUGAGCAUUCACUCUUAAAGCGGCUGCUGUUUGUACUUUACAUCUAUCAACAGUUCUUACUCAUGUUUCAGUAAAAUCCUGUCAGACCUCAGCUGCUCUGUACUGAUCUUGUCUGGUUUUAAUGAACUAAUGAUAAUCAGCCAAAAAUCAUACACCACGCUCCGCCUGUUGUUAAAUGUUAAGUAAAAGCUCAUGUUUGGAAGGAUUUCUGAAGAGAUUUGACUUUAUAUCUGCAGCAGACACACUCCCCUCUCCUCUCUGGUUCUAUUCUAUCAUGAUUAUUACAGUAAGAAAGCAUGAGAUGCAUUUAUUUUAAAACAGCAAACAUGUAUAAAUAUUACAAAGUUGAACUGAGUUUUAAAGUCAUGUCCAUUAUACUGUAGUUUUACAGUAGUGAGACAUUUCUGGACCAUGUCUCUCUGAAGCAAGCUCAGCCCGCUGAUGUCUCGGUAGAGCAGAGACCAUGUUGACUCUGAAACAGUGUUAGGAAACUCAGCAGAUCCUGAAAGACUUACACAAAAAUCUGAUCAGUCUUUUUCUCUCCUUCACGCUGUCAGGAUGCAAUGCUGCUGGCCAGUGAGGCCACGAGGAUAUGAAAACGAUUACCAUCAACAUGAAGCUGUUUUUUUUACACUGUACAUCCUUUAGUAUUUUUACACAUGAAAUGUAUAUGAUAGGGAUGCACAUUAUUUUCCUUCUUACAGACAGCUUCAAUAAAGCACUAUGUCAAUCUGCAGUCCCAUUCUGGUUGAUUUGAACUGCCGGCUCAUUUAAUUUGCCUUUUUAAUAAAAAAAAUAAAUAAAAAGAUGAUGUCCUGGUA